GAAUAGGAAAUAGGGUCAAUAAAUCUCUUUGACACUGACAGUUGAGACAGGAUAAAAAUAAAUAAGAAAUCAAGAGAGUUUUUUUAGGAUAAAAAUAUAUAAACGAUCAAGAGGGAUUUUCAAGGAUAUUUACAUCUGCGUAUGGCUAGAGAAACAUUGAUAGUUUUCCUAUAUGAUACUGUAAUAGGACAAAAAGAGGAAGAUGAUCCUGCAUCAGCUCUUAUAUAUUUUCACCCUACGUGGGUAUCAGUUGAGCAAAAGACAGCACUUUGUGGUCAAAUAAUUGGUACUGCUCAAUGUGUUCGAAACUUAUUUUGUAGACCUGAAGUAGUAUCUCUUCGUAGUGGUAACUUUUUCAUAACUGAAAAGGGGAGAUAUUUGUUUGUGGUGGGCACAGAUAGAAAUUCGGCUAACUCCCAAUUGGAGUUCAAAGCUAAAACAUUGUUUUCUCUGCUAGAAUUCCUUCAUGAAGAUUUUGAGAAACUUGCAAAUAAUCUUAAAAGUGAAAGCUUUACGUCCAAACUUUCUAGCAUGUUUGAUAAUUAUAUAAAGAUGUUAGUAUAUGCUCGCAGUAUAUUUUCACAAAAUUCUUUUUUGAUGCUAACAAAGAGUUCAAGUAAUGUAUUUAUGGAUGCCAUUCAUGUUCUGGACUCUUGUCAAGAAUUAAAUUAUGUUCUGGGAGGUGCACUAAUGUAUCACAAUAAGGUAGUUGCUACUCACCUUAGUACCGAUCUAAUAAACAGGCUCAUUCUUAUAGAUCCUUAUAGAAAUAAAUGUUCUGCGGAAGCAGCUCAAACAACAUUUAUUAUACCUCCAGGUGUCCAACUUUUGGAAGUAUACAUAAGUGGUGAUGAAUAUUCCAAAUUACUGGGAUCUUCAAACAGAGCUAGGAAUUCUUUUCAUCAAUUUAAUAUUGAAGAUAUCAGAAAGAAUAUGAAAAAAUGUGAUGAAGAUAUUCAAGAUACAUUCCUCAUAACUGCCAUGAAAAGAGACCAGUCUUUGAUAUUUACUGCUGUACCAGAAGAUUCGUCUAUAACCUCUGAACUUCCAUACAUUCCCACAACAAAAAAGACUCGACCAAAGUUUCUUAACCUCAAAAGUGUGUUUGGGGGAAAUAAUAUAGAACCGAAAUCAAAAGUCACAGCUAGUACUCCUAUAUGUGGUCAAACUAGUGUCUGUUCUACUCCAUUGAAAGAUCUCAAAAAAUUUGUUUAUCAAAAUCCAUUGAAAAUUUGUCAUAGUGAAGAUGUUGAAAAUUCUAGAAAUAUAUUGCACAAGGAACUGAAAAAAUUUGAUGAAUUUGGGAAAAAAAUUCCACACUUUAAUGUUAACUGUAAAUUGUAUGAUAGAAAAAAGUAUUCAAGUUUUUCUAACAUGAAUGAUAUUUAUAACAGUAUUUUUGAUAAGAAAAGUAUUGACAACUCACAUAUCUUACCUACAAAAAACCAAUUAUCGUGCUCGUUCAGAACUAUAACUGACCCAACCUUUCCAGUAUUCAAAAGGGAUGGAACUGUCGUGUCGAAGCUAUAUUGUGAAGAAAAUAUACCGGACAUAUUUAAAUUAUUUCAGAAUGGUUUACAAAUUCAUGAAAACCAUAUCAGUGGAGACCAUGUGACUGAAAUUGACUCCGAUGUGAGGUCAAACUCUACUUCAGACAGUAUAGAUGUUUUAAAGGCAAACAUUUCAACAGAGCCCUCCAAAAAUCAAAAAUAUAAAAAUCCAACAGAGUCGCCAUUGGAUGGAGAUCCAGAAGCAUCUAGCAAAUCAUCCACUUAUUGUCAUUAUUUUUCUGGGGUACCACAAACUCCUCUCAUGUCUAAACUUACCAUGGUACCCUGCGAAGAAAAUGUUGAAGGUUCUUCUAGUGCAUUACAUCACCAAAAAAAGCCGGCAGCUGGACAUAAUCUUCUAUCUAACCAAACUUACAGAAUAAAAGAGGAAAAAGAAAACACCAGAUCGAGGACAAAAUCAAGCUUACAAAAGUGUGUUUUGUUCGUAUGUGGUCAACGAAAUAUAGUUCUAUCGAUGUUGCUUGAAGAAAAAAGUAUUAAAGAAUACAACAUUGUGAAAAGAUUGUGGGAUAUUUGUACAGAUCGUUUGAAUAAGUUGGAGAACGAUCUCAGGUACAGCAUGGAGUCUUCUAAAAAUCUUGAGAAUGAACCAUACAAUUACUUACAACAUGAUUCUGAACUGCAAACUGUCAAGCGUGGUGGUCCUUGGAGUGGAAACGAUUUGGAAUCACUGCAUUACUUGCAUGAUGAUUUCAACAAUAGUGAUUACAAUUUGACUGAAAUUCUAAUGAGGGGUGCUGACAAUAUCAUUUUUGCGCAUCAUUCUGGCUCAACGGAGGUUUUUUACAGCGAAACAGCAAACUUCAUUGCAGGGUUACCACCCCCUGUAGAUCCAAUGGGACUGUUGCAAUUGAAAGCUAAGAAAAGGCUAGAAAGAGAUCAUACACUAAUACUAAUUUGAGUUACGUCCAUUAGACUUAGGCAUCAAAGAAAACAGUGUAAUUAUAUUUCUUUUUUGUAGACUUUACUUUAGUGAAAUAUUUAUUGUAUUUAUUGAAUAGAAUAAAAAUGAUUUUUGAGUUUA